AUGGCCCAGGAACGUGCUACUCCUCUCCGUCUCGGCUCUACUGCCCCUGACUUCACCGCCGACACUUCGGCUGGUCCUGUCACCUUCCACGAGUACAUUGGCAACAACUGGGUUGUCCUCUUCUCUCACCCCGAUGACUUCACCCCCAUCUGUACCACCGAGCUUGGUGCUUUCGCCAAGCUUGAGCCCGAGUUCACUGCUCGUGGUGUCAAGCUCAUUGGUCUGAGUGCCAACGGCACCGAGUCCCACCACGCCUGGAUCAAGGACAUUGAUGAGGUCACCGGCUCCAACCUCAAGUUCCCCAUCAUCUCCGACCCCGAACGCAAGAUCGCCCACCAGUACGACAUGGUUGACUACCAGGACACCACCAACGUCGACUCCAAGGGUAUGGCUCUGACCAUCCGCUCCGUCUUCAUCAUCGACCCCGCCAAGAAGAUCCGUCUCAUCAUGACCUACCCUGCCUCCACUGGCCGUAACACCGCCGAGGUCCUCCGUGUCAUCGAUGCUCUCCAGACCACCGAGAAGCACGGUGUCACCUGCCCCAUCAACUGGCUCCCCGGUGAUGACGUUGUUAUCCCCCCUCCCGUUUCCACCGAGGCUGCUAAGGCCAAGUUCGGUGAGAUCCGCGAGGUCAAGCCUUACCUCCGUUUCACCAACCUCAACAACAAGCAGUAA